AUGUCCUCACCUAGUGUUUCACCUAGUGUUCCUCCUAUUUCUCACAUACUCGACUCUAGUGAUAAUCAAUCCUUGCACGACGGUGCUCAUCAUAUCCAGCGUCGUCGCAAUAAGUCUAGUAGGGGAAUGAGAACCAUAGACCCCAGCUCUACUAGAGUUGCAUGCCUUCCACCCGUGAUAUAUCAUAUGUCAUGCUAUGCAAAACGUGCUAGCUCAAGAUUCAAGCCCUAUCAGCCGGGAAAGCAUGUUCCUACAGCCCUUGAGAACUGUUUCUUGGCGAAAAACAUCCUGAAGCGCAAUGAGGCUGAUAUCAGUCUGAUAGAUGUCCAGCAGGGCAAAGAAAUCUUCAAAAGGGGCGUGUGGCACAUGUCAAACGCGACUCUGCAGUCAGCUGCCAUAGCAAAGCGAGCUGAUGCUGAAAGCAAGCGUUUGCAUGCUCUCGCAACAGCGUGGGACCUUGAGUCAACUGAAAGACAUGCUGUACUCCUUCAAAUGAUUCUCAAGGAGAACACGGAACGUUAUCUUGAUAGCCUUGCAGAGGCAACCUUCUUCGAAUCAGCGAUGGUCAAACGUUCCCAUCAGCAGCUCGAAGAUGAUGCAGACUUCACUAUCGCUGCGUAUACUAAUGACAUCACGGCACACAGUAUGGCGGACAAGCAGCUUGAUCAUUUAGAAGAGAUUGGUGCUGAGCGGAACUUGUCUUUGGAGGACCCUGUCGGCACGGAUUCGGAAGAUGUUGAGCAUCGCUUCAAUAAAUACUUGGAUUCCAUCAUAGGAGAUGGGAAUAAUAUGAUCACAGUUGCCUGA